CAAGUCGGGAGCAAAUCGGCAGCAGUCACAGAAGGAGAGGAAGGAGAGCAUGUUAGUGAACGAGGGAGAGGAGGGGAGUCAGAAGACGGCAGAGAGAUGCAAUGCCACACGGUCCCGUGAGGCUGCCUGCUGCAAAACUCUUCGUUCUCCCAUUAAACGACACGUUUUGUUCUGGAAGAUCAACACAUUGAUGCAUUGCAGGAGCUGGGAAUGCAGACAGUUCACCUUGGACUGAAGUCUAGGGAACAACAGUACCAACUUGGACCUUUUGGGAUUACUACCAACUAAGUAGCCUGCCUCAGAGAGCAGCAUAGGAUCGGACGGCUGUUCAAACCAAAAGUGGACAGCCUCAAUUGUCUUGUACAAACUUACCAUAUGUCUCUGAAAAAGAGAUUGUUUUAAGAUUUAAGGUUCUGACUUUUACAGCUCGCACUGGAAGCCCGAAAGGCCACGACCAAGCUGUCCCAUUUGCCCAGUAGUCCCGGAAACAGCGUGACCUUGGACCAACUGUCACCUGAAUCCACCCUGGAGGCGCCCAGCAUGUCUCAGUCCGGAGGGCGCUUGAAUAACAAGAAAGCUGGCAUUCGGGCUGCAGUGAUCCUGAUUGGACUCCUGCACAAGUCUCGUAAAGCCAAGGAGAAGGAGAAGGAAAAAGAGGAGUGUGAAGGGAAACAAGAGCUAUUGAACAUCUCUCACGUCCCGCAAGGAGAAUGUCCCCCAUCACCACCCCGCACCGCUCCCCCCAGCAUGAAGUCUGCAGAAUUCUUCGAUAUGCUGGAGAGGAUGCAGGUCCCUAGAGUUGAAGAGACCAAAAAGUGGAAGGAUGACUACAUUCCUUACCCACGGAUAGAAGAUGUCCUGGAGAAAGGUGGCCCGUAUCCCCAGGUAAUCUUGCCACAGUUUGGUGGCUAUUGGAUCGAGGAUGUAGAGGCACCAGCUGGGACACCCUCCUCUUCAGAGUCCAGUUUCUGUGAAGAGGAUGACGGAGGAGAGGGCAUGAGUCCUGGUGAAGGACACAGCUACCGUCUGGAGUGCAACAGCACAGCCCACGCCUACCGCAAACACUUUCUGGGCAAGGAGCACAUGAACUACUAUUGCACUGGCAGCAGCAUAGGGAAUCUCAUCAUGUCCUUGAAGCAUGAAGAGGCUGAAGGGCAAGAAUUAUUGCGCAUCAUGCUCAGAUCAAGGACCAAAACAGUCCAUGAUAGGAUAUCGUUAGCGGGCAUUAACCAGCUUCCCAGUGUACCUCAGAUUGCAAAACUUCUGUGUGACGAUGCCACAGGGUUGAAGUUCAACCCGGCUCUUUACCCUCGAGGAUCGCAGUUGAUCGUAGCUUAUGAUGAGCAUGAGGUCAACAACACCUUCAAAUUUGGAGUAGUCUACCAAAGGUUUGGACAGACAUCUGAGGAAGAGUUGUUUGGGAACAAUGAAGAGACUCCAGCUUUCAAGGAGUUUCUCAGUGUCCUGGGGGACAACAUUGAACUUCAGGACUUUAAGGGAUUCCGUGGAGGGCUGGAUGUGUCCCAUGGACAGACAGGGAUUGAAUCUGUCUACACAGUUUUCAGACAAAGGGAAAUUAUGUUACAUGUAUCAACCAAGCUUCCUUUCACUGAUGGUGAUGUCCAGCAGCUUCAGAGGAAAAGGCACAUAGGAAAUGACAUUGUGGCAGCAGUUUUCCAAGAAGAGCCUACACCCUUUGUUCCUGACAUAAUUGCCUCCAACUUUCUGCACGCCUAUGUGCUGGUUCAGGUUGAAAAUGCAUGUACGGAGAACACAAUUUACAAGGUGUCUGUCACUGCAAGGGAGGAUGUACCUCUCUUUGGGCCCCCACUCCCGAACCCAGCUGUCUUUAGAAAGGGCCCAGAGUUCAGAAACUUCCUGUUGACAAAGCUGAUCAAUGCGGAAACCGCCUGCUACAAAUCUGACAAGUUCGCCAAACUAGAGGGUCGAACACGAGCUGCGUUGCUCGACAACCUUCACGAUGAGCUUCACAGACAAAGCCAGGCCACUCUGGGUCUCAGCCAAACUGAAGAGGAAGACAAGCUGGAGAAUGGGGGACAUGGCGGUCUUCUGGAGUCAUUCAAGAGGGCCAUGCGUGUGAGGAGUCACUCAAUGGAGACUGUGGUGGGCUCUAAUCGCCUUAGGAGCCCCGGUGGUGGAGGGGGGGUCCCAGCCAGUUUAAGUGGCGGAGCAAUGCCACAGAGCACCAGUGAAUGUACGAAGAGCACCUACAAUCCUCCAGCAUUGUCAGCCAAAUCUUCCCUAAAGAGCCCAGUGAAAAGGCGAUCAGGACUUUUCCCUCGUCUCCACUCCAGCAUCGAAACUCCGACCGACAAAUGCACUCGAAGUGACCAAAAGGCUACAGAGAUCUGCUCACUGUCCCAGGAACUAAGGUCAGAGACAUUAUCCAACCCCAGCUCACCUGAGAUCUGCCCUAACAAAGAAAGACCUUUCAUUAAACUGAAGGACAGCGCAGGCAGCAGGCCGAACAUCUCUCGGUCUUCAUCGAGCACCAGCAGCUUCGGCAGCAUUACAGGAGAUCCAGAAGCUUUGGAAGACCUAGAAACAGCUAGCCAUCCAUCCAUAGCAUCAUCCUCUGCCUUUAGUCCUUCGAUCAGCAUUGAUAGCCCGGGGUCAGGAACUCCCAUCAUAAUGUGCCGCAGUUCUACAGAUGGGAAAAAUAAGACAUCACCGAGGUCCAGCUUGAAGUUCAAAUUUGACAAAAUGAGCCACUCAUCCACAAAUUCGGAGUAAUCUGAUGACCAGACUUGAGAGGGCCGGGCCUGUGCGGGGUGAAUGGAGCUGUGCAAAAUACAAGGACGCUUUCAAAACCAAAUUAUUGUAGAACCACUUCCCGAAGCCAUGGAUAAUCGAGCAAGACUAGCAAGGGCAGCAUAGUCCCCAAAAUAACUGGCAAUACUGUGAGUGUACAGUGCGGAACCACUUUUGAUGGGUUCUUUUUGACGAGACUUUUGGCAGACAGAAAGUAGUUCAUAUUUUACCGAUGUUCGGUGCAGUUAUGUGGUAAAUUGCUCAUAUCACAUUAACAAACCCUGGCCACGCUGAAAUACUGUGAGUGUUGGGCGAGCUAGACUGUGUCCAAAGUUUAUAGUCUGUGUUGGCUUAACACUGUACCCUUGUUGAAUAGUAACAUGAGCUAAAAACCUUUUGAAGGUUGUACUUUUUAGCUUGUCGGCUGCUGGCCAGUUAGGAGCUUCAGGCGUUCCCCAUGUCUUUAAAUGGUCUGGGAACAGAUCCUAUUAAAAUAAAACCAUAUGUUUAGUAGUGAGGUAUUGGAGGUCUAAUGUGUAUUUGUGUAGGAUUUGAGUUGUGUAUAUGAAAUUGUUCUUUUUUUAUUACAGAAAUUUUUGUUACCUUGCUAGCUGCCGCACGGUGAAUGCUGCUGGAGUUCAGUCAACCCGCGUAAUAGCAUUUCUGCAUUUGUCAAGACGUCAAAUUUCUGAAUUCAUGUGCUUGGCUCGCCACAAAAUGAUGUGCAGUACAUGAUACUGCAUAAACAUUUCAGCAAGAUUUUAUUCUCCAGUCAUAGCUGCGUGUUACUUUCAUUGUGUGCCAUGAUGAAAAUCUAACAACCACAUUUUUUAAAAAUAAGAUUUUGCACGUCAGUAUAUUUAAACAAAAUAUAUUUCAUCCUCCGAUACAUCCCAUAGAUGCUUCCAUACGUUUUCUGCACCACUUAUGUAUGAUAUAAAUUAUAUUUUCCUGUCAUGACUUGAAAAAGGCUGAAUGAACCUUUAAACCAGUUUUGGCAAAAACACACUGAAUGUGAAGUUGAAGUUUUUCUUUGUUUGUUGUUGUUUUUCUUAUGAAGUCCAUUACAUGUGCAAUGCAAAGGUAGUCGCUUACAUGCACAACAAGGCAAGACUAGUUUAAAGUACUGGAUGAUGGGACAUCAAUUUGACAAAAGGAACCGAGGAAAAAGACUGAAGAAUAUCCAUAUCUCCUGUGACCAAAGUAAAUCCGUCCUUUGGAAGGUUUUUCUUGUUCUAACUUUUUGGAGGAAUGUUCUUUUGACAGAAUGAAUUUUCAGGCAUCAUUUUUAUUUAUGUAUGACUGAGGGGGAAGUUGAUGUCCUGAGUGAUUAUAUAGACGAAAGAAAACAAGGAAACAUAAAUACAUAUUUAUAAAUAUUAUUGUCGUUUAAUUUGCAGCAGCCGAAAUGCCAUGCAGCCUUUUCACUGUUAAUAUACUUAAUUUAUUAAAUGAUAAUUUUUUUAGUAUUGUAAAAAAAAAGAAAGGUACACAAGCAAAUAAAAUAACGAGAAUAAAUAUAUGAAUUUUAAUGCUGUCUAAAUAUGUAAAUGUAUAUUUCGUUACGUAAUGUGAAAUUUAUUCAAAUAAAAUGUAUUUUGUGUCA